UGACGCCACGUUCCUAUGGCAACCAGGGCUCGUCAUUUUAGGCCUUCUCUCGCCCUCCCGCCCUUCCGUCACUUCCGGCGUCACCUGUGUGACGGGAUCGGUAAACAAGGUGUGCAGCACCUGAGAGCUGUCGGGAUGCAGCCGAGCGGAGCGGCCGGGGGCCGUGGUUGCACUCUGCUCCCACUGCUGACUGUCUUAUGUUUCCAGGGUGCUUACAUCGUCCAUUCCUUGGAGAUUAAAGUGGAUGCCCAUGUCCGGGGUUAUGUUGGAGAAAAGAUCAAAUUGAGAUGCACCUUCAAGUCAUCUUCAUCUGUCACUGACAAACUCACCAUAGAUUGGACGUAUCGACCUCCCAGCAGUAGUCGCACAGAAUCGAUUUUUCAUUAUCAGUCAUUCCAGUACCCAACCACAGCAGGCACAUUUCGGGAUCGAGUUUCCUGGGUUGGAGAUGUAUACAGAGGGGACGCUUCCAUAAGCAUAAGCAACCCUACCAUAAAGGACAAUGGGACAUUCAGUUGUGCUGUGAAGAAUCCCCCAGAUGUGCACCAUAAUAUCCCUGUGACAGAGCUAACAGUCACAGAAAGGGGUUUUGGCACCAUGCUUUCCUCUGUGGCUCUUCUUUCCAUCCUUGUCUUCAUACCCUCAGCUGUGGUAGUUGUUUUAUUGUUGGUGAGAAUGGGACGGAAAUCUGUAGGACUGAAGAAGAGGAGCAAGUCUGCCUAUAAGAAGUCAUCUAUUGAGGUUUCAGAUGACACCGAUCAGGAAGAGGGGAGUGACUGCAUGGCAAGACUUUGUGUGCGCUGUGCCGAGUGCCUGGAUUCAGACUAUGAAGAGACAUAUUGAUGAAGGCUGAGUGACACAAGAAGAAUCACCUAAUGACAGAAAACAGCCUUUUCCACUAGAGCCAAGGUCUCUGGGAGAAGUGGAGUCGGCCUGGACAAGAGUGGUGGAGGAGUCUGAGGUCACCAGUAAAGACUUUGGAAGUCAUUUAUUUAUUGAAGAAGUGUUCCUUUUGUAUUUAUAAACUGUUCAGUAAUUCCCAGAAUAGACUCAUAAUUACCCCAUCUGGAUAACUUAUAUUCUCAAUUGAAUGAAGGAAUUCUUUUCCUGAAUAGAAA